GAAGAUUUUCAGCUCUUACUUCCUUCCAACUUCUGUGACCUCACACCAUGUGAUCCAAAGCUUCUUGAAAUGGAGUGGUCUUUACGUUCUGCUCAGGCCAGUGAUGCUCUGGAUGAGUGUCAUUCCCAUAUCUGCAUUCGCCAUCAGGAGUUCCGACACCUUCAUGGCCAAGGUGCCAACACUCGCACACAGAGGACUGUCCAAGCCAUGGAGAAGCGGCUGGUCCUCAGCCAUGAUAAAUAUUCAUGUGCUCGUAGCGCACUGGUCUGCCUUUCAGGACACCUCAAUUGUGUUGGGUGGGAUCACAAGUUGCAGGUACUGAAAAAGUCCGACCUUAGACCAAUUGGUGAC